AUGAAGGAUGAGAACAGGAAGCGGUUGGAUUUGCUCCUGCGCAUCAUCCUCAUAUCCAACGCUAUUUACAUAGUGGUGAGGAUGGCUAUAAUGCAUUCAUCCUUCACCUGGAAGCAUUGGAUUGGACUUAUGUUAACAUCUGCUGCAUAUUUUCUUCCUUACAAGCAACUUGCCAGUAUGGUCAAGCCAGUUUACUCUGAUAAUGGAGAACUACUGGACAGUGGCUUCGACUUGAGCACUGGUGGAAUUUGCGAGUAAGUGACUACAUGAGACAGUGUAAAUGUUAGCUCACCCACUUGAUUGAUAACAGGUGUGUUUGUUGCAUACGGGAAUGCAUAUGAAUCUCUCUCUCAGUGACGC